AGCGUCGGCGGGCGCGGCGAUGGGCAGCGUGAGGGGGCCCGGCGGGGCCGCCCUGCGGGCGCUGCUGUCCGUGGCCGCCGGGCUGUUGGCCUGCGGCGGGGCCAGCGAGUACGACUAUGUCAGCUACCAGUCCGACCUGGGCCCCUACCCCGGCGGGCGCUUCUACGCCAAGCCCCACCAGUGCGUGGCCAUCCCCGCCGACCUGCGGCUCUGCCACAGCGUGGGCUACGACAAGAUGGUGCUGCCCAACCUGCUGGACCACGAGACCAUGGCCGAGGUGAAGCACCAGGCAAGCAGCUGGGUGCCACUGCUCAACAAGAACUGCCAUAUGGGUACCCAGGUCUUCCUCUGCUCCCUCUUUGCCCCCGUCUGCCUGGACCGGCCGGUCUACCCCUGCCGCUGGCUCUGCGAGGCCGUCCGUGACUCCUGUGAGCCCGUCAUGCAGUUCUUUGGCUUCUUCUGGCCAGAGAUGCUCAAGUGUGACCAGUUUCCCCAGGAUGACGUCUGCAUUGCCAUGACAACUCCCAAUGCCACCGAGGUCUCCAGGCCCAAAGGAACGACUGUGUGUCCCCCUUGUGACAACGAGAUGAAGUCAGAGGCCAUCGUGGAGCACCUGUGUGCCAGCGAGUUCGCUCUUAAGAUGACCAUAAAGGAAGUGAAGAAGGAGAACGGGGACAAGAUGAUCAUCCCACGGAAGAGGAAGGCACUGAAGCUGGGGCCCAUCCGGAAGAAGAACCUGAAGAAGCUGGUGCUGUUCCUGAAAAAUGGGGCAGACUGUCCCUGCCAUCAGCUGGACAACCUCGGCCACUACUUCCUCAUCAUGGGCCGUCAGGUGAAGACCCAGUACCUGUUGACAGCCAUCUACAAGUGGGACAAGAAGAACAAGGAGUUCAAGAAGUUCAUGAAGAAGAUGAAGUCUCCCGACUGCCCGACGUUUCCGUCCGUGUUCAAGUGAUGCGGGAGAGCCGCUGCCCGGGCUGGGCUCGCCCCUCUGCAGCAGGGGUGCUGGAGCCAAGCCCUCCUGCUGCUCCACCCUGCUCCUCAGAGCUCCCUCAGUGACCUCAGCCCUCCCACAUCCCGCUGGCCUGGGCGUGCCACGUGUGUGCCCCGAACAGUCGCUGGGGUCACACACGGUGUCUGUCCACGGCACCUAAAGACCUGUCACUCCACAGACAUGUACAGCCAUUCCAAUAGCAGCUGUCAGGUAAAGAGGGCAAGCAGAGGGGUGUGAGGUGAUGUCCAGAGGUUACACACCUGCAGAAAGGACCCUUGUGACCAUGUCACUCCUGUCUUCAUGGCUGCAGGAUCGCCCUGAAUUCCUGUACGAACCAGAGCCAGCUGAUCAGACAGACAUCCCAUCCUCACAGUCCCCUUACAGCCUCUGAGAAAAACUCCUAAUUGCCCUCACUGCAAAAAAAUCCCGUUGUAGUCUAAAUGUGCUUUGUCUAAGCUUUAACCCCAGGUCCUUGUGGUGCCUUGCUGGGCUGGAGCCCUCCCUCACCAGCAUCUCUCCAGUGUCUCACCAGGUGCCUGCCCUGGCCUCUGCCACACUGUGAGCCCCUCGUGCCCAGGGCUGUGCUGCUCCCUGGCAGCCCUGGAGCCCCCAGGCCAUGCCCUGCAGUUGUGCACUGGCCAUGGGGGCAGAGGGGGCUCUGUGCCCCACCCGUGCCUUCAGCCUCACGUGGGCCCGUGGCACAGCAGGUCCCGCUGAGCUGCCCUGCCCUCGGCCUGGGGGGCACUGCCCUGCAGGGGUGCCCAGAGCUGCUGGUGCCCAGAGCUGCCACUCCAUCUGAGCCCCCUCAAGGGUUGGCCUGCCCGGGGCUCUGGCUGGGGGGAGCUCAGGGCCAGCUCCUGCAGCCCCCUCACUUCCCCAGUGAUGUCCUGAUGGUCCCUCAGGCUGCUGGCUCAGUCCCAGAGUGCAGCAGGCUGAGGACUCGUCCCCAGGAGCUGCAGGGAACGCGUCGGCUCCGCCUUUCCCUCCUUGCUGUCCCUGUGGGACCCAUCAGUCUGGGCUUUGUCUGUUUGAUCUGUGACAACUUGGCUUUGUAUCAUUCUACAUUUUUUUUCCCCUAAUCAAAAUGUUGUGUUUGUAUGAUUUCAAAUAGCUUAUGAAAGACAAAGAGUAUCUCAUCCGAAUGAUUGCAUUUAUUGACCAAACUGAAAUGCAUUAUUCUGUUAAUUGGACAAGUUCUCUUUCCCAUGGACCCAUAUCAUUCCACAUUCAUUGUCCUUCCUGCUUCCAUUCAGUAUUCUCAUCCAUCAGCAAUACUCUAGGAGAAUGAAUAUCUGAGAGCUGAGAUAAUCCUGCUGUAUCAUGGUUAAAUGAAAUAACAAAUCCUCAUUUUUGAGGUUUGAACCAAGCCCACUCAAAGCUGGUAGAUUAAUUAUUCCUUAGCUCAGGAGUGCUGUUUAUUCCCCAUGUGGGAACAGAGCUGUGGACUUGGUUGUAGAAGAAUUCCACGAAGAAGCCAAGCACUCUGAGGAAUGAUGUUUCACAGCUAACAGAGAGAUGGAUUUAGGACAUGAACUUUGUAGAGAGUCUCACUAGGUUGUCUUAGACCACCAUUUGUAGUAGUGUUGUUUCUUUAUUGCAAAAUUAAUCAUUGUAGAUAAUGUGCUUUUAUCAGUGAAGAAAUAAAUAAACAAACCACAGGCUUUAACAUCA